UAAUAAAUUAAUUUUGUGAGGCUCAACGCUGUGGCUAAUUUAUCUGAAAUUUUCCCAAAGGGAUACGGAGUACCUUCAUUGGUCUUCUCCGUCGCUCUGACAAUGGCGUCCCUGCUGGUAAACCCUAAUCCCUCUGCAGCUCUCAGGUUCCCCAAAUUCUCCAACUUCUCGCCCAAAUUCCAAAAGUUCAACUCGUUAUCCUUCUUCACCGGCCGCAAAUUGAUCUUCUCCUUACGCUCUUCGUACUCUUCCGACGACCAAAUCGAUCCGUCUUCCGAGCCCGACACCUCGUCGGAAUCCGGUUCGGAGAGGCCGUUGUAUGUGGACGAGUGGGGGGAGAAAACGGAACCGGAGCCGGAGCCAGUGUCGAAGUUCUCCGGCGCGGAUCCUCCGAAGGACGAGGACGAAUGGGGAGGGGCGGGGGUCGAUUUGGGAAAUGGAAGUCCGGCGGGUGGGGGAGGGAGUUCGGGUGAAAUUGAAAAGCUAUGGGAACUGAAACGGGCAUUGGUGGAUACUGUUUACGGGUCGGAUUUCGGGUUCCGGGCGUCGUCGGAAGUUCGGGCGGAGACCUCUGAACUUGUCUCGCAGUUAGAGGCUGCAAAUCCAACUCCAGCCCCCACCGAAUCCCCCGAGUUGCUUGACGGGAACUGGAUUCUAGUGCCUAGGUGCCACCACAACUUCUCUUCUCCUUCCUCUGUUGCUGCCAAGUCUCCCACCAUUUCCCUUCCUCCAUUGAAAUCCUCCGAGCACAAGAUUCAGCCCGUGGCCGCCCCUUCGCAGUUGGUGAACUCCCAACCUCAAGAAAUUCUGCUCUAUCUGGAUUCCCUCGGUGUGGAUUCCUUUUACUGCCUCAACUCUCAUCCACCGUUGAUUUCUGCGUCCCUUUCCCAAAUCAAAUCCACCGUGGAGUUCCUCUUUUCGCUCAACUUGACUGUAUAUGAUCUUCGCCGGAUUUUCCCAAUGUGCCCAGAGCUUUUGACCUCUUCCACAUCUGCAACAAUCAUCCCUGCAACCACAUUCCUCCUCCGUGAGGUGCAUGUUAAAUCUGUGGAUCUACCCUAUGUCAUCCACCGCCGGCCCAGACUCCUUGUCUGCAGUGUUGAGCGUCAGCUUCGCCCCACCCUCUAUUUCCUUCAGGGCACAAUUGGAAUCGAUGAUGUCAGUAAAUGGACCUCAUUGUUGUCCUGCUCUGUCGAAUCCAAGUUUAUCCCUCGGAUUGAAUACUUGCAGAAACUAGGGUUCUCUUAUAAGGACACCAUUGCUAUGUUCCGGAGAUUCCCUUCACUGUUCUGUUACAGCAUCGAGGAAAAUUUUGAGCCGAAAUUUGAUUACUUUGUCAUGGAAAUGGGGAGGGAACUCAAGGAAUUGGUAGCCUUCCCACAGUAUUUUUCAUUUAGCUUAGACAAUAGGAUUAAGCCAAGGCAUAGAAUGUGUGUGAACAAGGGCAUUUGCUUGGCGCUGCCAACGAUGCUUAAGCCUUCGGAGGCAAAGUUUCAGGCGAGGUUGGAGGUGUGCUGUAAUUCAUCGGUGCCGGCAAGAGCUUCUCCAUUGUGGUACCAAAAACCCCAAUACUGAUCCAACAUAGGUACACUGCAUUCUCUGAGCUAUUGCCUUUGCUGGCCACGGGCAGUCUUCCAUUGGUAAAAGUCGAAAAGAUUAGCCAAUCUAUCGACACAAGCAGCCUCACCAUAGAGAACUUCAUUACAUUGUCGAACCCUGUUUCCCAAUUGUCC